CUCGCGCGGAUGAGAGCCGGCUGGAUGUCGGGACUCGACUCUGUCCGGAUGAACUGAGUGCUGACUGGAAGUGGGCCGAGACAAAGAUUACUGAACGCCGCCGCCUCGAACUGUCCGGACACAGACGCCAUUGUCCUCGUGGACCUGUUGGCGUUUCAUCAAGCCGAGCUCUCUGAUAGAAAGCGAGGACGAGGACACGGGGGACGGACGUCAAGACACCAAGACACCAACGUCUUCACAGCUCCACCGAGAUGAAGCAGAAGGAGGACCUGAACCCCGUGCUGGUGCUCCUCUUCCACCUCGCGGUGUGGAUCUACACCGCCGUCACCUUCCUGCCCUCCUACAUCCUCAGCCGGGUCCCGGGACCCGACGGGGGACGCUACGGCUCCGAGGAACAGCGGGCCAAGACGGCGAAGGCCCGCUCGGCGCCGGGACGCCCCGAGGGCCCCUACCGAGCGGUGGGCGCCGCCAAGAGGCUGGCGACGUCGCUGCACCCGGGGGUGGACACCCUGGACAAGAUGUUCGAGUACGCGGCCACGAGGUUCCCCCGCAGGGACUGUCUGGGGACGAGGGAGGUGGUCAGCGAGGAGGACGAGUGCCAGGGCAACGGGAAGGUGUUCAAGAAGGUGGUUCUGGGGGAGUACCGCUGGCUCUGCUAUGAGGAAGUCCUCACAGCGGCCUCCCAGCUGGGCGGCGGCCUGGCGUCACUCGGCCAGCGGCCCAAAAACAACGUGGCCAUCUUCUGCGAGACGCGAGCCGAGUGGAUCGUCGCCGCGCAGGCGUGUUUCAUGUGCAACUUCCCCUUGGUCACCCUUUACUCCACACUGGGAGGUCCGGCCAUCGCCCACGGCCUGAACGAGACUCAGGUCACGCACAUCAUCACCAGCAGAGAGCUCCUGGAGACCAGACUCAAGCCCAUCCUAAUUGAAGUCCCGCGGCUGCAGCACAUCAUUGUAGUGGACGGCGCACCGACCUCGUGGCCCGGUUAUCCCCGCGGCAUCAGCGUCCACAACAUGGCGGCUGUUCAGAAGCUGGGAGCCAGGCCUGAGAACGCACGUUAUCGCGAUGCGCCGCUGCCCUCGGACAUCGCGGUCAUCAUGUACACCAGCGGAUCCACGGGCGUACCGAAGGGUGUCAUGAUCUCCCACAGCAACGUCAUCGCCGGCAUCACGGGCAUGGCCGAGAGGAUACCCAACCUGAGCGAGGACGACACGUACAUCGGAUACCUGCCCCUCGCCCACGUGCUGGAGCUCAGUGCCGAGCUGGUGUGCGUCGCUUACGGCUGCAGGAUCGGCUACUCCUCACCUCAGACUCUAGCCGACCAGUCAACCAAGAUCAAGAAAGGAAGCAAGGGAGACACCAGCGCCCUGCGGCCCACCCUGAUGGCAGCCGUCCCGGAGAUAAUGGACCGCAUCUACAAGAACGUGAUGACCAAGGUGGAGGAGAUGAGCCGCGUCCAGAGAACGCUCUUCACUCUGGCGUACAACUACAAGCUGGAGCAGCUGGCCAAAGGAAACGGCACCCCGCUGUGCGACAGGCUGGUGUUCGGGAAAGUGCGCUCUCUGCUGGGGGGUCGGACGCGAGUGCUGUUGUCGGGCGGCGCGCCGCUCUCCGCCGCCACGCAGCGCUUCAUGAACGUGUGUUUCUGCUGCCCGGUGGGUCAGGGGUACGGCCUGACGGAGACCUGCGGAGCCGGGACCAUCAGCGAACUCUGGGAUUACAGCACUGGGAGAGUAGGCGGGCCACUGGUUUGCUGUGAGAUCAAACUCAAAGACUGGGUGGAAGGUGGUUACCGUAAAACCGACAGGCCACAUCCCAGAGGGGAGAUCCUGAUUGGCGGGCCCAACGUCACCAUGGGAUACUACAAGAACGAGGCGAAAAACCAAGAAGACUUCUUCGCCGACGAGAACGGCCAGAGGUGGUUCUGCACCGGAGACAUCGGAGAGUUUCACCGCGAUGGCUGCCUCAAGAUCAUCGAUCGUAAGAAGGACCUGGUGAAGUUGCAGGCGGGAGAGUACGUCUCUCUGGGGAAGGUGGAGGCCAUGUUGAAGAACUGCCCUCUGGUCGACAACAUCUGUGCCUACGCCAACAGCAAUGAGGCGUACGUGGUCGGCUUCGUGGUGCCCAAUCAGAAGCAGCUGUCGGCUCUGGCCGAGCAGUACGGCAUCCGAGGCUCCACCGAGGAGCUGUGCGCCAGCGAAGCUGUGGAGGAGCUGGUCCUCAAGGUCAUCACAGAGGCCGCCCUGGCAGCCCAGCUGGAGCGCUUCGAGAUCCCCCGCAAGAUCUGCCUGAGCGCCGACCCGUGGACCCCCGAGACGGGGCUGGUGACCGACGCCUUCAAGCUCAAGCGGCAGGAGCUGAAGACGCGCUACCGAGACGACAUCCAGAGGAUGUACGGCGGGAAGUGACGGCGAGGAUCGGCGGCAAUUGGUCCUUUUGGUUCCCAAAGCACAGACCAGCACUCUGAACUAUCCCUGCUGCCCUCUCACUGCCCCCCCCCCCCACCCCCGCUCCUCCUACUUGCCCCGCGAACACAAGAGACCUGAAUCUGUGAUGAAUACCAAGAAAAACACUUCUGCCCCCCCCACCCCUCCCUCCUUUUUUUCCAUUAGCCCAGGUGUACGACCUCUUUGUGGGGGGGGAUUCUUUAUUGUUCCAGAUGUGAGUUAUGAAACAGCUGGUGAUGUCUGUUGAACUCCUUCUAGGGGCCAAAGCGAGAGGCUCCGGUUGGCGGACAUGUUGCUUGGCGCCGAUUGUGACAUUAGAUCGGUUAAAUCUCUCCUCCAGUUCAUCUGCUUCUUUUAACGUGAAGGUUUGAGAUUUCCUUCUUCCUGCAGGUCAGGAGACGUCCAGUCAAGUCCUCUGUGUUCCUUCUAUUUGUCCACAUGUUUUGAGUUUUUGUCUCCCACCCACAGUCGGGACGUUGACUCCCACGGUGGCGGGACGCGUCUCCCAUCGGCACAUCUCGAUACCAAAAAGCACAAAGCCAGAGCCGGUUGGUAAGGAAAUUACUACCGAGGUCAUGAGUCAUCAACAUUAAGGCCGCGACAAAUGGAACCUAAUAUUCUUACUUAAAAAGAAAAGAAACAACGAUGCUCUGUUGUUUAGUCUAUUGCAUUUUCCUACAGUGACAUACUUUUUGUAUGUGCAUAAAAAGGCGCACGUUUUACAGACCAAAUGACUGUGUAACAUUUGAUAAAUCCCAGUGCAACAUGAAAAUGGAUCAUGAUUACGGGAUAAACACAUAGAGCGGGUUUGGAACAAAUGACGAGGGUUACUUAUGGACAUCGUCCCUCACGUGUGACACCUGCUGACUUCACUCUCGUGACUCAUGAGUCACGCAUCUGCCAUUCCUUUCCAGCCACACGCACACACACGUAUGUGGAGCUGUGGUACGCAGAGGAAACACGUGUUCAGCCUCUUUUGUGACUCCAGCUUCAGUGACUGGUUUUAUUUUUGUGCCGAGAGUCAACCUUGUAACAGACGUGUAUCCAACUAUUUAUUUGCUAUUUGAAAAAUUACCCAAAUUGAAGUAAAUAAAGAUUGUGUUCGGUCUACAUGCAGGAGUGUUUUUAUUGUUAUGGAGCAUAAAUAUAACGUAAGUGGACUUAAUUGAAUCUGGAUGUGGAAUUUGUGCGACUAAAGUAUGUUUAUUCAUAUGUGCAGUUCGAAUAAAGGAAAUCAGUGAUUCAACCCGUAUGGAA